AUGCAUUAUUGUUUCCUUGUUUUUCUCAAGGCUCAAGUAGAGACCUGCUGGUCUUCUGGACCAAUGGCACCCGACACCUCGAAACAGGAGACAACGCAUCUUCUCGACGAGGUGAAAAUGCCAAAAAGUUGGCCAGUGAUGCAACCGAAACCUACCUGGGAUGUCUUCUUCUUAUGGCCUUGUGGAUGUUUUGUCCCUUUCCUGGCAAUCAUUGCGUAUUUGCUGAUGGUUCUGGUGCUUCUUCUUUUCACCGCUUUGAGCUUGAUCGCAGGGCUCUUCUUCGCACUCCCACUCUCCUGUGGAUGCUGCCACCUCUACUCUUGGAAGUGUAGCCGCGCUUGGAACACAGAUGUUUAUCAGAAACUCAUUUACUUCUUCUACUACUUCCAGCAUCGUGGGAUCAAAGACCCCAAAGCCUCCGCAGAAUUCAUGCCUGUGGAGGGUAUGGCCCCUCGUCGGGUGCUGGAGAAACAAUACUUGGAUUAUGGCCUCAAUAUCCAAGUGCCCAAGGGUGCGGAAGAUCAGUUUUUGGAGCAGUACCUUUCUCCAAAGCUCCUGGAGAACUUCAUUGAAGAUCGGAUGCAUUGGCUGCCAAGACAUGAGCACUGGAAUGAAUUUGGGCCAGACGAGAAUCCGGUCGAUUUUGUGAUGAACCAGCUUUCAGCUGUUUAUCCACAUGUCUACCAGGAGUGGUUAGACAAGCACAGCGAUGAGGCUUUAACCCGCUUCUGCCUCUAUGGACUCGGAGCACAUCGUGUGGAGGUGGAAGUCGUCGAUGGCAAGAAGCACUUCGUGGUGAGGACCAAUGCCUUAUCCGGAUUGCCGGUGCGUCAUGGAUUCGAAAGAUAUGGAGGUGAUGCAUACUUUAGCGAGGAUUGGCGUCCUGUGAUGAUUGUUGACCAAGGCCGUGGCGAUUUGGUGGAAGACUUUCACCAGAAACAGUUCAUCGCUCGACCAGGAGAUGAAGAGUGGGAACGAACUAAGUUUCGCUUUCGCUCCUCCUUAUUCUCCUUGGUGACCAUGGUGGAUCACCUAUACUUUGUUCAUUUGCAAUUGGCCAACUUGUUCGUCACAUCUUUGCGUGAGCAGAUGUCGGAAUCCCAUCCAAUCCGACGCUUCAUGACACCCUUUACCUACCAGACCAUCUCCAUCAAUGACAAUGCGGCACACAACCUUGUAGCACCUCGAACGAUGGGGCCACGUUGCUUUGCACUGACUGACAAGGGCUUCGAGCUGGCUUUCUCCGCAGCACCAUCUCUUCAAGUUUGGGGAUAUGAAGUGCCAAAAUCACAAGGUGGGCCGUGCUUGCACCUCAAAGACUACUUCGCCUACAAGAAGAGCACAGGGGUGGAUACAGAGUACUUUCGUCAAGCUUCUCAGCUCUAUGACAUAUUUUGCAAAUUUGUCACCUCCUACCUUGAGUGCUACUAUGCCAAAAAGGAAGAUCUUGUUCAAGAUCAAGAACUUGUUGCAAUGGCCCAGCACUACUUUGCUCGAUAUGAGGCAGUUUCUGCACAUGCAUUGGGAAGGAUUCGAAUGCCUUGGAUUCAAGCACCCAACAAUGAUGAGGAUGUAUGUGCAGCUUAUGACUUCUACGUGAAUUGGCUCGCAAGUCUUGUGUGGAUGGUCACAGCAGGGCAUGAACAAAUGGGUGCUGUUGAAGUUUAUGCUCAAGAUGCUUCAUGGACGGCCUUCAAGUGGACACAUGGAUCGGCGUGUGGAACCAAGCAGACGGCGACUGCUCAGGCCUUGUUGAUGUCAUUCACAUCAACUCCGAUGCCGAAACUCAUGGGAGAGGAUUGGUCCCAUCUUUUCCCAAAAACAGCUGUCUUGGCAAGUCCAGAGAAGAGCCCAGAAAGUGCUUACAAGACCUUUCAGCAGGAGUUGGCCACAAUGGCUGAUCAGUACAUCGCCAACCUGGCAGCAAUGGAGCAGUCAGCUGAAGCUGGAGGAAGAAGAAAAGGUAAGCAGAUGCAGAGCUGCCUAGAAGAUCCAGGGGAUUCGCAUCGAAUCGCUGCUUUGGGGAUGACAGUGUCAAAAGGAAAAGAUGGCAUUCCGGGAUGGGACGGAAACCCAUCAACAUGGUCGGAAUACAAAAGUGCAGCCUUUUUGUAUGAGGACACAGUCAAGUGGGAGAAUAGAUAUCUCUGUGGACCACGCUUGGCUGCUGAGCUCUCGGGUGCCGCGAAGGCGGCUAUCGGGAACAAGAAACGCGGCUGGCUCCCACGAAGCGAUGGUGUUGAGAAACUCAUUCAUUGCCUCAGGGAUGCCAUGGCCGAACCGGCCCUACCGGAGAUUGCGAACCAGUUGAAGGUGUACUUCAAACUCCUCCGUCGACGCAAGGGUGAAACCAUGUCCGCCUUCUGUGUCAGGCAUCGUGAAGAAUAUGCUCGUACAUGCAAGGCAAUGACUCGAGUCAUGCGAGAACAGAACCAGCUAGAGCUACACCCAAAACAUGCCUGGCACUCCGGACGCAGGUCUUCACAGUCCACGCUUGAGCCCAAUACCAUUCGUCCAGAAGCACGUUCAACACAGACAGGGGAGUCCAGUGAACGUGCCUCGGAGACACCGUCACACGUGGGAGAACAACCUACUGGUGGUGACGAAGAGACCCACACGGCGGAGGAGACGGAGUGGCCAGACUAUACAGACGCCUGGUGGUGGUGGUACCAACCCUAUAUGGGUUGGGAUUGGUCAGGAGAAGAUCUAUGGCAUGAACAACCAUCAGCUCAGUCGGAACCGGCUGGGAAACAGGACAGCGAUGAUGAGGAAGACUUCAUUGAAAUCCUACCUGAUGUCAUCAAGGGCUGGCUGUUGCUGGAAAAGGCAAACAUUGACCACAUGGAGCGCAGCUUGAUCCAAAGUGAAGUCCGCAACAGGUUUUCACUCCAGUCCGUGGAGAAUGCCUUGCGAAGCCACUUCACUGAUGAUGCCAUCAAGAAGAAAGACGGCGAACCACCCCAUGCCAUGUUCGAGAAUGAGGAGGACUUCGAUGAGACCGGUGGCCAACCAGAGGAUGAGAGCUUCUUCGAGGAUCUCUCUGAGGAGGCCAUGGUCUUCUACCAACAGGCCAAGGAAGAAGAGGAAGCAGCAUGGCUUCAGAUCCAACAGGGUCGACAGACUCUCAAGGAGGCUCGUGCCAAACAACAUGAAGUUCGCAUGGGUCGCAAAUUCUUUGAGGUGAAGCGAAAGCCGUUUGGCGGUCGCAUGGGAGAAAGGCAGGCAUUUGGCAAGGGCCAAGGAAAGAAGAGCUAUGGUCCGUGUGCUCGAUGCGGAAAGGGACAUGACACCAAAUUCUGUCCACAAAAGUCGGAGGCUUCCGGCAGUGAUGUCACAUCCUUCGAAGCCGAGGAACACUCUGAGUUCAUCUACGGUCGGGCUCCUGUUUUGAUCUCUGUUGACACCCUGCGGAAACUGGGUGCAAUCAUCGACUUUAAGAAUGAUGAAGCAGUGUUCACCCAGGUCAAUGCACAGAAGCUGAUUUCCCUUCGCCGUUCGUCUGCGGGUCAUCAACUGAUCCCUUUGACGCAAGAUUUCAUGGCGGAAGUCAUGGCAUCGACAGUGACCACGUGGGGAAAUGGAACGAUGAAACCACACUACUUGAUGACCAAGCAAGAAUGCCUCGACGAGUUGACGUCGGGCGGCCACCAGAUCAAGAAUGCCAAGGAGUACUCACUCCCGGAGGUGAGGGUGCUCGUUCGGGAGGCUCGGGUUCACACGGGUCUCACUCCGGACAAGGAGUCAGAGGAGCAAGACUUCCUACGUCAGGUGAACAAAGCCAAUCUGGCGGAACUUCGCGACAUGUGCACCAAGCGGGGGAUCAGCCUGCCGGCCAAGUUUCGCGUGGGAGAAAUGCGGCUCGAGUUGAAGUCAUGGGCUCUGAACACUGGCACGGGGGAGACCGUGUACAAGCUCGGGGGCCGAUGCAAUGGCAUGACCUUUCAGGAGAUUGCCCUGUCAGAUCCGGAGUACCUGAACUGGGCCAAAUCAGAGGUCCAGAAGAAGGACAACAGCCACUGGCAGCUUCGACAGUUGGCCCUGUGGGCCGAGAAGAUGGACAAGGACGAAAUGAGCACCACUCCUCGCGAGCCCAAGACGAUUCAGGAGGCACUCACCAUGAAGAACACGCCCGACAAGAAGAGUGGCUAUCCAACCGAACCGGAGCAGCCACCGCCGGUGACACCUCCUCCCAUGAAGAUACAAGGUCUUCCCUCAUCUCCCGAGAUGGCAGAGAUGACCGAGGUGAUGCGCUCGCUGGCGAUGACGGUGGGGACACUCCAGCGCAAUGUGGAGGAACUGCAGCAGGAGAAAUCUCGCAAGACACGCAGUUCGGCAAGUCGUUCCACGGAAGGAGCUUGGCGGGCGCAUGAGAUUGUGAACUAUUUCAACAAACAUGGUAUUCAACAGGAAGUCAUCCCUGCGGAAGCACAUUGGAAUCUUUCACAUGUGGAGCGCAGCAUUGGGUGGCUAAAAGAACUGUUGAGCAAACUGGUAGGAGAGACGGACGACUCCAGUGUGGAACAACUCUUGGCACAAGCAACCUAUGUCUGGAACCAACAUGAGAAUGUUCGUGGUUACAGUCCUUUCCAACAUGCUCUGGGCAGAACACCAGACUCGGAAGGACGACUAUUCGACAAUCGAGUGCAUGACCUCCCGAUGGAGAUGAUGCAAAACCCAGAUGACGAACACGACAGUGCGGUUCAACUUAGGGCCAGUGCUGCCAAGGUCUUCAUUGAUUGGCAACUACAAGAGAAACUCACUCGUGCACGCAACUCCCGGAAGUACCAACCCAAGGUGGUCACUCCCGGGGACCUGGUGUUCUACUGGCGCACCACGGUUCCAGCCAAUGAGAACCAUUCGUGGAACCGAGGUGUGUACCUCGGACCAGCACGGGUGCUGGCAGUUGAGACAAAGAAGGAUGAGGAUCAUCGACUCCAUCCUAGCAAUGUCGUGUGGUUAGUGAGAGGCACCAAAUUGAUCAAGGUAGCCUUAGAACAGGUGAGACAUGCAUCAGCACGUGAAGCUAGCCUCCACGAGCUGAACAAACCACUACACCUGCCUUGGACCUUCACGGGCAUAGCAGCUGACCUGCAAAAGGGAGAAUACUAUGACCACACUGGGACAGGACCAACAUUCGCACAAAGUUCCUCAGUGGAUCCACAAGAAGGACAGACCACAGACCAUCCCACAGGCGAAGAUUGGCGGCGCUGCAUUCAAGAGUUUCAGCAAGUUCGAGCUUCCGGGUACAUGCCUGAUGCUUUUUCCACAGAUAUGAUUCCUGAAGGUGCCUUGUUGUCAGCAACAGCGAAGUCCAAGAAGUGGAAACAGGACACCAUCAGCUUUAGCUCUCUUUUGAGCACUUGUGAGAAGGGCUUGCGGUGGCGAUGGGCUCUGGAAGGCUUACAAACUACGCAAGAGAGGACACUUUUGAACGCUGCCAUCAGUGCGCAAGAGAAGGGCAGUGCCUGGAUUCGUGCUAUUGCACUGACCUUGGGAAUGAGGCGCUACUUCAAUUGCGAGCCCAAUGUGAUCUCAUUUAAUGCGGCUUGCAGUGCCUGUGAAAAGGCUGCUCAAUGGAUUUGCAGUUUGCAACUCUUCAAGUGGGCAAAGGAGAAAGACCUUCAGGUUGACACGAUCAGCGCGAACGCUUUGCUCGCAACGUGCCGCGGUGCCCGACGCUGGCAAGAGGUCCUACAGCUCUUAAAAGAGCUGAGCCUCGGAAUUUUCUUGGACGACUUAGCUUUGCGCCUGGCCAUUGAGACACACCUGGAUCGCCGAGUUGGUCGUGUCGACCAAGAUACGUUGGAAUUGAUGGACCGCCUCUCAGUGGGCGAGUACGCAGCGCUGACCUGCGCCGGUGUCUUCGACUUUGAGACAGGUCUUCGCCUCAUCAAGGCUCGUGCGGAGGCCAUGGAAUUCGAAGUCUCCGGGGCACGUCCUGGUGCCAAGGCGCAGGGAAUGUGCCUGGUAGUGGGCCUGGACAAGGAUUCGGUGGAGAAGCACUGCAAAGCAAGCUCCAGCAAGGGCGAGAACUGCCAGAUUGCUGCUUGCCUCUUCUCCCGUGCCUUCUCAGUCUCCGGCAGCCUUUCCGCUGUUGAGAGCUUCGUAGAGAAGGCAAAGGCUGCAGGAGCUUUGCACCUCUGGCCAGUUGGAUAG